AUGCAGGACUCACCCACGGCCCUUGCUAUGGACGGUUACACCAGCAGCGUGCCAGCCUUCCUUACUAAGUUGUGGACUCUGGUUGAAGAUCCCGAGACCAACCACCUUAUCUGCUGGAAUACGAAUGGCACCAGCUUCCAUGUUUUCGAUCAGAGUCAGUUUGCCAAGGAAGUCCUGCCCAAAUAUUUCAAGCACAACAACAUGGCCAGUUUUGUCCGCCAGCUGAAUAUGUAUGGGUUUAGGAAAGUGGUAAACAUCGAACAAGGUGGACUUGUGAAACCCGAACGUGAUGAUACGGAAUUCCAACAUCUUUAUUUCCUACAAGGCCACGAACAUCUUUUGGAGCUGAUCAAAAGGAAGGUCUCUGUAGUGAAAAGUGAAGAGACCAAGAUGCGCCAAGAAGACCUCAGCAGGCUCUUGUAUGAGAUCCAAGUCCUCCGGAACCAGCAGGAGAUGAUGGAGUGUCAAGUUCAGGAUGUGAAACAGCAGAAUGAGGUUUUGUGGAAGGAAGUUCUGUGUCUCCGGCAAAACCAUUUGCAGCAUCAGAAAGUGAUCAAUAAGCCAUCCGCAGAGCCUGCCUCAUGUUUAAACAGCCCUGUUCCAAGAGGAGCCAUCAUUUCUGAUGUUUCUGAAGCCGCCCAGCCCAGUCCGGUGGCUUUACAGCUCCCUCCCGACAGUGAGAGGGAAACCAAUCUUCUGCUGAUCAAGGAAGAAGCCGCUGCUCCGGACAGGAAAGCUGCAUUCACCAGUCCUGAUGUUCCUUUGGUUGGAUACAACCCCUGUCCAGAGCCCCCUGUGCUGCCCAUUACUGUGGUCCAAUCGGUCUUAGAUGGGAGGACAAGAUGUGAUGAUUUGCAACCAAUGUGUUUGCAGCCCCAGGAAAGACGAUCAUUUUUGGACAGAACAGUCAUACCUGAUCUCUGGGACGGGGCUGAUCUGAAUUUGGAAGGCUUUCAGAUCUUCCUAAGAAACCCGCAGUACAGUCUGGAAACCAACAGAUCUCUGGAGGCUUUUAAUCCCAUGAUCCCGUCGAGUGAGUGGGCUUUAAAUGACGUGGAGGCUGAUUUGUCUGGGGUGUAA